CUCCUGUCCUCCCUGCUUCUUCUUUUUCACGCGCUGUCGCCGUGCCGAGCCUUACGGAAUUACCCGGAGAAUGAAGUUACGUUGCUGGACUCCAUGUCAGCCUUGGCCGACCUGGGCUGGGAGGCUUACCCUAAUGAGGGGUGGGAGGAGAUCAGUGUGAUGGAUGAGAGGAACACCCCGAUGAGGACCUACCAGGUGUGUAAAGUCAUGGACGCCAACCAGAACAACUGGCUGAGAACGCGUCACAUCAGCCGAGAAGGAGCGCAGCGCGUCCACAUCGAGAUCAAGUUCACCCUGAGGGACUGCAACAGCCUGCCCGGGGUCCACGGUACCUGCAAGGAGACGUUCAACAUGUACUACUAUGAGUCCAACAACGCCAACUUGUGGUUCAUCAAGGAAAGCCAGUACGUGAAGAUCGAUACAAUUGCUGCAGAUGAGAGUUUUACACAGGUGGACGUUGGAGACCGCGUCAUGAAGCUGAACACGGAGGUGCGCGACAUCAGCAACCUGAGUAAAAAGGGUUUCUACCUGGCCUUCCAGGACCUCGGCGCCUGCAUUGCUCUGGUCUCAGUCAGGGUCUUCUACAAGAAGUGUCCCCUCACGGUGCUCAACCUCGCCCAGUUCCCCGACACGAUAACGGGCGGAGACACGGCGCUGGUGGAGGUCCACGGUGUGUGCGUGAAUGCCUCUGAGGAGUUUGAGGCGCCAAAGAUGUACUGCAGUGCGGACGGAGGCUGGCUGGUGCCCAUCGGGAGGUGUGUGUGCAAACCGGGCUUCGAGGAGAACAAGAACACCUGCCAGCCAUGCAGACCUGGUACCUACAAAGCUUCCGCCACAGACGCGUACUGCACCAAGUGCCCUCCUCACAGCUCGUCGCCGCGGCAACGAGCCGUCGAGUGUGUUUGCGAGAAAGGUUUCUACCGUGCUGAGACCGACCCCCGCUCCAUGGCCUGCACACGUCCUCCAGCUGCUCCAGAGAACCCCAUCUCCACGGUGAAUGAAACCUGCAUCACCUUGGAGUGGUCGCCGCCCAGAGACUCAGGAGGCCGAGGGGACAUCACCUACAGCCUCCACUGCAGGAAAUGCUCCGGUGACGGCAGGAAGUGCCGCUGCGGCAGCAGCAUCCAUUUUGUUCCUAGACAGUUCGGCCUCUCAUCGGCCACCGUGCUGGUCACCGACCUGCAGCCGGACUCAAAUUACAGCUUCACCGUGGAGAGCCAGAAUGGAGUGACGGACUUGAGCCCAACACCAAGAGGAAGUGUCGUCAUCAACGUCACGACAUCACAGACAGUGAGCGUUGUGUUGAAGGAGAGGCGGAGCAAGGACAGUGUGACGUUGGCCUGGCAGGGUCCAGAGAGACCCAACGGAGUGAUUGUGGAGUAUGAGGUCAUCUACUAUGAGAAGAAUCAGCGAGAGCAGAAUUACACCGUCUUGAAGACUCGCUCCAACAUGAUGACAGUGGAGGGGCUGAAGCCAGGGACCAUCUAUGUGUUCAGGGUCAGGGCCCGGACCGAUGGGGGCUACGGGAGCUAUGGGGGGGAGAUUGAAUUGGAAACCAGCCAUGAAGAUGUUUUUGCUAUCGGGGACCCUAACCAGUCCACCAUUCUGGCUGUGUCCAUCGCCGGAGGAAUCAUUCUCCUCAUCUUCCUGGUGACUUGCUUCGUUGUCAGUGGAAGGCACUGUGGCUACAUCAAAGCCAAGCAGGACCCCGACGAAGAGAAGAUGCAGUUCCAACAUGGCCGAGUCAAGCUGCCAGGCAGCAGGAUCUACAUCCAUCCUCACACCUACGAAGACCCCAACCAGGCUGUCAGGGACUUUGCCAAAGAGAUCGACGCUUCCAAUAUCCACAUCGAGAGAGUCAUUGGAGCUGGAGAGUUUGGGGAGGUGUGCAGUGGUCGGCUGCGUAUUCAGGGGAAGAGGGAGAUCUACGUGGCCAUCAAGAGUCUGAAGGCGGGAUACUCUGACAAACAGAGGAAGGACUUCCUGUCUGAGGCCUCCAUCAUGGGCCAGUUUGACCAUCCCAACAUCAUCAGGCUGGAGGGCGUGGUGACGAGAUGUAAACCAGUGAUGAUCAUAACGGAGUUCAUGGAGAACGGAUCUCUGGACACUUUUCUCAAGAAACACGACGGCCAGUUCACGGUGAUCCAGCUGGUCGGCAUGCUGCGUGGCAUCGCCUCAGGUAUGAAGUACCUUUCCGACAUGAGCUACGUCCACCGAGACCUGGCAGCUCGAAACAUCCUGGUCAACAGCAACCUGGUGUGUAAGGUGUCUGACUUUGGCCUGAGUCGGGUUCUGGAGGACGACCCGGAGGCGGCCUACACUACGAGGGGAGGGAAGAUCCCCAUCAGGUGGACGUCUCCAGAGGCCAUCGCCUACAGGAAGUUCACCUCAGCCAGCGAUGUGUGGAGUUACGGUAUCGUCAUGUGGGAGGUGAUUUCAUACGGCGAGAGACCCUACUGGGAGAUGUCCAACCAGGAUGUGAUUAAAGCAAUAGAUGAAGGCUACCGUCUCCCCGCUCCGAUGGACUGUCCUGUGGUGUUGCACCAGCUCAUGUUGGACUGCUGGGAGAAGGGACGCAGCGACAGGCCAAAGUUUGGACAGAUUGUCACAAUCCUGGACAAGCUCAUCAGAAACCCCGCCAGCCUCAGGGAGCUGGCCAACAGCUCAGCAUGCAGGGAGGACCCAUCCACCCCAGAGUUCAGUGUGAACACAGUGGAUGAGUGGUUGGAGGCCAUCAAGAUGGGCCAGUAUAAGGAGAACUUUUCCAGUGCUGGAUAUGUCAGCUUGGACUCAAUCCUCUACAUCAGUGUCAGUGAAUUGGCUAAGAUGGGUGUGACUCUUGCCGGGCACCAGAAGAAGAUUUUGUCUAGCGUGCAGAGCCUGCAGACCCAGGGGACGCACGUCCAAGUAUAACAGCGCCCACAUAAACACACAGUGAUGGAAAUGGAUCUUGUGAAGAGUUUCCCCGACAACAUGGAGUUGUAAUGGGUGCUCCGUGCUCGGACCUCCACUGAUUUUGCGACACACUGAGAUGGGGACAACAUGGACGCUUGACUCCUUCACCAUCCUUCCCAUCCUCGAUGGGCACUCGCGGCUUUAGCACUCGAAGCAACACAGCCACCAUUGCAGAGCAAGAGAGAGACGCAUGUCCAACAGCAAGGCCACAGCUAGAGCACCCCAGACCAUCUCACAUCAUAUCAGCUCAACAAAAGAAGAAAUGACAACAAAAAAUAAAUAGAAUAUAAUUAUCAUCACUGUCUGUGAGGUGUACAGAUGUUUGUUUUUUUACUGUCCUUUUGUUUCCAUUCUCACCUUGAAGAGUUUAAAAGGGGUCAGAAGAAAUGUAUAUGUGUAGAUAUAUGUUUAUAUGGGCUGUGUGUGCCGCAACCGUAGAGAUGGACCUAAUGUUUGUAUUGGUGGUGAGGUUUAUAUCGCUCAACCUUAUCGGGAGUUAUUCCUCAGUAACUGUAUGGACCCUUCAUUGUACACAGAAAGCCAAUGAGUGAGCAGAGAUUAUGAAUGACAUGAAUGUGUAGGGCGAGGGGAACAGACCAAGUGGACCUUUAGAGAUGGAGCAGUAUGUAGAUUUUGCUAGCUCAUGUAGGAUGGAAGUAUUAUUCAUUUAAAUUGUGUAUUUGACCAGGACAAGGGCUUCCCUCGAGACUGCUCUCAGACACACUUCCAUCGCAACUAGCCCCAGUGCACCUUUGCUAGUCUGUUUGCACUCGCAAUGUAACAGAGUGCAAAGAAACAGCAGAAUCUGCUUAAGCUGCAGUUAAAAGUUACAUUUUUCUUCUUCCAUGACUAUUUAUUCCAAACAACAUUGUCUAUUCAGCUGUUAAAGUAUGAUGAUGUUGGGAAUAUUUCAGCCCAAAAGUUUGCCUUCCCAUGUUUCAGGUGUUUUGAAAAAGUUAUAGUGUUUUUGUGUGGAAGAAAAGGUGAUGCCAAGAUCAUCAUAGAGUGGACAUCGUUAACCCCAAAACACUAACUAACAGUUAGUAACACCAUUUCUAACGUCGGGUAAAAUACUUUAAUCAAAAUUUAUUAAAGUACCACAAUAUAUGACAAAUGAAAGUAAUCUUCUUUUAUUUUCCCCUAAACUACUUCUCAUAAAACAAAAAAUGGGGAGACCCUAUCCUACUAUAUAUAUAUAUAUACCUAAACCACAAUCGCGUGUGUGAAAAUCACCCGACGUUAGUGUUUUAGGGGUAAGAACGUGUACCUUGUUUUUCCAGUGUUGUGCCAUGUAAAGUAACCUUGAACUAUUCAUCUUGGCAACAUCGCAUCACUUCUACAACACCCCGUCCUUUCAUCAGUUCCUCUGACUGGAUGGUAACGCGAGGCCAGUCACAGUAAUUACAGUGUUUUGUGAAAAUCGUCUGCUUGAUGAGAAGGAGCCUUGGAAUGCACUUUUUCAGCAGGAUGAAAUAUACAGUGUUGAUUUUCAGAGGGUACAUUUUACUUUAGAAAAAAAUAUGAUUUAUGUGUCUUGUUCUGUCUCACUUACUGUUAUCUGUCAUGCCAACCUAUUUCAAGCAUCCCUAGUUUCAAACCAAUGCUGAUAAGGUACAUUUGCAAAACAAUGUUUACAGCAAAAAUAAAAUAAAUUGUUUUUGAAUUUCUUUCCUUAUCAGAGGGAAACUGCUGCUUAUCACAUUAAAUACAAGCUUAGAUAUGAUGGAACCCUCUUUGUGUGUACCACAUUAAUGGAACUGAACCUGCUUUAAUGUAUUCCCAAACCCAGUUUUAAUAUAUGUGGUACUCUAUAGGACAACAGUGGCAACAAGUACAGUAUAUAUGAUUGUAUUAUAGUGUAAGAUAUGUACAGUGUUGAUUUCCAAUGUUAGAAUGUUUGUAAUGAUAACGAUGAUGAUGACUAUGAUGUAUUUUAUUGUGAAAAAGAGAUUUCUGAAGUUCUCGUUCAGGGGCGGGUCAUACCGAAGAAGUGAAGGGAGGAUAUGUGUUGGAAUGAACAAAGGAAUGUAGCAUGGUGCGAAGCUUCAUCUUUGAUUGACUGCAGUUCUACCAUAGUGUUAGAAUGAGUAGAAUGGACUCUUCUUAUUGUGGCAAUGGCUUCGUUUGCAUAUCUCCCUUAAACAAUAUUGUCAUGCACUUGUAAAGCCUGUGUCCAUCGAAACAACUUUGUUUGAGGUAUUGUCGGGAUGGAAGGAGACGGGUUGAGAUAAGACGUUUCUUCAGAUCAAAUUUCUCCACACACCACAAAUUAAACAUUGGCUAAACCCCUCCCCCAAGCAGAAAUUGUCCAAUCAUAGAUUAGCAACCAUAACUAGGCACGGCAGAACCGUCACGCAUAUCCGCAUGCUGGAGCAAUUUGCAUGUACUAAGAGCUUACUUGGCAUUUAAAGACGUUGGAGGUGGUUACUUUUUUCAGCCUUUCCAAAAAACCCAAAUACAAGUGAAAAAGAACAAGGAUUGGAUAGAAAGGGUGUUUGUCUGUUCUCGUGUAAACUGCAAUAGAUGGAAGUCGUUCUUACUCGUUAGCAUCAUUACUUAACUAGGCCAUAUUUAUUUCUGGGGUUACAGGCGAUGAAAAUAAAAGCCCCGGUCACAACUAGCUCAUUACAUUUCUCCAAUGACUAAGUGCUGGUCUCGGAUGCUUCCAGAGUUCAGGGUAGUGUUGGCUGUUGUCCUGCUCAUUGUUGGAUUCUUUAAGUUGACACCAGAGCCCGCCAACAGCCGAGGAGAUCGCGCUUCAUGUGCCAAGCACAUAGUCCUCCGUCUUCAAGCCUUUUCCCUUGUAAUGUAUCAUGAUGAACCGUGUUGUUGAAAAUUAGAACAAGUAUUGUCCCUUCUUAACCUUUUUACAGGUUUUUUUUAAAUCAAGUGAGCUGGACACAUUACAAAGUCAGCAGGACACGGCAGCGUCGUCAGGAACUCAUGAAGCUAAAGCAAACUCCACUCGCUAGCUAGCUAGCCACAGCUAUCAAAACAAAAACAUGCUGUAGAAAUAAUAUCCAUGGCCGAAAAUGAGAAGUCUUCUUUGGUCUAUAUCUGCCGGAAAUCAAGGACCCAAUGUUAAAAAGACGAUGGAUGCUCUCAAUGUAAACGCAAAGCUUGACUGGCAUGUCACAACUGUAUCUAAGGGCCGGCCGGCAUGGGCAACGGAGUGGAAACCACUAUCAGGCUUUAGAGUUGUCUAUUUUCAGCCCUAUUUUUUGAGGAUACAAUAAAAACACAAUACAAUUUGGAGAGUCUAAAACUGUACAUUCUACACUUGCUAACUCUAUGCUUUCACUCUCGCGGACGACCCUUGACCGCUGGCCUUUUAGAUGCCUUAUUUACUGAGCUAUUGUUCUUUUCUGUUGCCCUAUAAAGGCGAUAUUAAGAGUAAAGUAUAUGUACAGGUAGUAUUUAUCCGUGUUCUUAAGAUGACCUCACAUCAACACCCUGGUUCUGUAACUAGACUCUCUUCAACAGCACAUUCCCUUUGAUUCCUCUCAGCAGAACAGAGGUGUUGUGUUGCAUCAUGAAUCUUGAAGCUGAUCACCUGUAACAGCUGAUCGAGAAAUUCACAGAUUGAUCAUAUUUAUUUUUCAUUGGGUCAAAAGAUAUUCAAUUAGAUUAUGGAUGACAUUAGUUCAACAAAAUUUGAUAGGCUAUACAUUUGGUUGCAAAAGUUAUUUUCACGGGCCAACAUUUUAGACAAUUGUUUUUAUCACCACAAAAAAUGGGCACGCUGCAACUAUGUCAUCACUUUUUUUUUACAAACAUAUUCAACACUCACAGUUCAGACAUUUUAAUAAUAGAGGGCAUACACUCACACUAUUCACCCUCAAGGUAAGCUAUGUGGGUUGGUUUACUUGAUCUCAAAUACAGUCUUGUCCUCCAUACCCCACAAGGUCUGUAUUGUAAGUGAGUGACCCUCUUUCAGGAGGUUCAGCUCUCUCUCUCUCUCUCCUCCCCACCAUCCCUUUAUUGGCCACCGUACAAGUCUUAUUUGUUCCAUGCCAGUUUCCUCAGCAUUGCUUGAUAUAAAAGGGUGUAGGCAUUCUCAUGUCUUUCAUGUUGCUGUAAUAAAUAUGCUAAUAUUUCUAAUUUCUCA